GUGAAGCUCGUACUCUCCUCUCCCCAUUGUUGCAUAAGAAAAUCCUUUCACUAGAAAAAAAAACGCAGAGCAAAGGUGAAAAAAAGAGUAGAGGAGAGAGAAAAUGAGCUUGUCGACGGCGUCGUAUUUGGCAAGAAGAGCAGCUCAGAAGCAGAGAGUUCGCAUUCUCUACCGUAAAGCUCUACGAGAAACCCUCAAUUGGGCUGUUCAUCGUCAUCUCUUUUACGAAGAUGCUGAUGAGCUCCGGAAAAAGUUCGAAGUCAACAAAAAUCUGCAAGACCUUGAUGCAAUUGAUAGAAUGAUUGCUGCUGGUGAAGCUGAGCACAAUAAGUGGCGACACCCUGAUCCUUAUAUUGUUCCAUGGGCACCUGGCGGUUCAAAGUUCUGCAGAAACCCAGAGCCACCUAAAGGGAUUGAGAUUAUUUACAACUAUGGCCAGGAAGAGGCUGAGCUAAAGUAGCUACAUAUCCUUAAUGCAUUUAAUAAGAUGAGAUUACCCUGUCUGUGAUGGGAAGAUAGCGAUGAAGAGUCUUUCCCUGUUUUGCAUUUAACUGCACUUCAAACAGUUUGAGAUGUUACAGUUUCCUGUUUUGUAAUUUACUUAGGUUCUCUGCAGUUUAUGUUCACUAUUUGGAAAAUUUGCACAGAGGAAUUGUUGAUUUUCUAAAUAAUAUACUCUUUUGCAUUUGUAAA